AUGGCUGAUAAAAUUAAUCACAAUAUAAACAAUGGAUCUGCACCUCCUACGUUCUCUCUUAGUGGUCAAAAUUACCAUUCAAUUGGAAGUUUGCUUCCCUUACCAAGUGAUAUUCCAAAGUUUGCACAGUUAUACAUAGACGACACUGAAAAUGAGAUUCAAAAUCGCAUAUCUGCCAUCAGAUCUUCCAAUUCGAAUAAUGUUAUUGAGCAAACAAUUGUUAAUGAGUUGAAACAAAUGAUGGAUCUUCACAAUCCUCUUGCAAAGAGGUAUAACAUCCCAACAGCUUCUGAGGUUGCAAUACUUAUUGUUGGUGAUAUUGAUGAGUCAAGUUUGCAGAGAGACAUCAUUCUUGAGACUACCUCUAACAGGCUAAAAAGGAUAGAUGUCCUUCACCCGUCUUACCGGUCUCUACAGUAUCCUUUGAUUUUUCCCUAUGGGGAGGAUGGUUUUAGGCCAGGUAUUGAGAACUAUUCCACGUUUGAUAUUUCUGGUACUAAGAAGAGAAAGACUAUAAGCAUAAGAGAAUUCUUUUCAUACAGAAUACAAAUGCGUUUGGAAGGAUCAUCUAUACUAUUACAUUCAAGAAGAUUAUUUCAACAGUUCUUAGUUGAUUCAUAUACUAUAAUUGAGUCUGAGCGUCUUAGAUAUUUACGCAACAACCAACCUAAGCUCAGGGUUGACAAGUACAACUCAUUGCACGAAUCUUUAGUUAGGGGAGAAGCUGAUGCGAUUCUUUCUGGUCAAAGAAUAAUUCUUCCAAGCAGUUUCACUGGUGGUCUUAGAUACAUGUUUAACAAUUGUAAAAAUGUAUUUGCCAUUUGCAAGUAUUUUGGAUACCCCAGUUAUUUUAUCACAAUUACUUGCAAUCCUAAAUGGGACGAGAUCAAACGCCUUUUACAUGGCACUGGCCUUAAGGCAGAGGAUCGUCCUGAUAUUGCCUCAAGAAUCUUUAGUAUUAAGUUAGAUGAGUUGAUAUAUGAUUUCAAGAAUGGGAGGUUCUUUGGCAAUAUUUCUGCAUUUGAAUUUCAGAAACGAGGUCUACCACAUGCUCACAUUUUGUUGUUCAUGCAACCACAAUAUAAGCCUAAAUCACCCGAUGAUAUUGACCGUAUGAUAUCUGCUGAAAUCCCUGAUAAGACUAACAUGCCUAGACUUUAUGCAGCUGUUGAGAAGUUCAUGGUUCAUGGUCCAUGUGGGAGGCACAACAUUAGUAGUCCAUACAUGAUAAAUGGAAGGUGUUCUAAGUUUUUUCCAAAGCCAUUUAGGAAUAGAACGAUUAUUGACGAGGGUGGUUUCCCAAAGUAUAAAAGGCUAGAUAAUGGUCAUACAAUAACUAAGAAGAAUGAAAUUUUGGAUAAUUCUUAUAUUGUACCUUACAAUCCUGAUCUACUCUUAAAGUAUGGUUGUCACAUUAACGUGGAGCAUACAUGUCAGACUUCUUCUAUUAAAUAUUUAUUCAAGUACGUCCAUAAGGGUAAUGAUAGGGUUACUGCCUCAUUUUACCAAACAUCUGCUGAUGGGUCUUCUCAACAAGUUGUUGAUGAGAUACGUAACUACUAUGAUUGUCGUUACAUUUCUGCAUGUGAGGCAGCUUGGCAGAUAUUUGGUUAUGAGAUUCAGCUUAAAGAUCCUGCAGUGAUUCGUCUACCAUUCCACCUACCUGACGAGCAACCAGUUGUUUUCAAGGACCAUGAGAACAUUGCUGAUGUUAUUCAACGUGUAGAUGGUAAGGUUACUAAGUUAGCUGCUUGGAUGUUGGCUAAUCGUGAGUAUCCUUUUGCUAAAUCUUUAACAUACAGCGAAUUUCCUACAAAAUUUGUAUGGAAAGAUGAUUCAUGCAUGUGGUUUCCUCGCAAACAAGGCUUUUCUAUUAGACGGCUGACUCAUGUUUCACGUGGUAACAGUGAGGAUUAUUACAUGAGAAUAUUGUUAAAUAUACAAAGAGGAUGCAUGAGUUUUACUGAUUUACGUACUAUGGAUGGUGUGGUAUACAACUCAUUCAAGGAAACAUGCUAUGCUUUGGGACUCUUACAAGAUGACAAGGAAUUUAUUGAUGCAAUUCUAGAAGCAAGCACUUGGGCGUCUGGAAACUACUUACGAAAUCUGUUUGUUGUGUUGUUGAUUUCUAAUAACAUAUCUAGACCUGAAUUGGUAUGGCAGCAGUGCUACCAACAAUUAUCUGAAGAUUUGUUAUAUCACAUAGAAUUUCAACACUUAAUCCAGCUUAGUGAUGAUCAACUACUGAAUAUGACUCUUUCAAAGGUUGAGAUGAUGUUGCAAGCUAAUGGUAGGUCACUUCGAGAGUUUAAUGGUAUUCCUCUCCCUGAUUUAGAUAUCAUUGAUGGCUUGGAUAAUCGGAUAAUAGCUGACGAGCUAACUUUUGAUAUUGUUGCCCUAAGGGACAAAUUAGAAAUAUAUGGUUAUGGUGGAACAGGUAAGACAUUUCUAUAUAGGGCACUUUCUGCAGCUAUUUGUGUCAAAGGAGAAAUUGUUCUUAAUGUUGCCUUAAGUGGAAUUGCAUCUCUUUUGCUUCCAAAAGGUCGUACAGCUCAUUCUAGGUUUAAGAUACCUUUGGAACUUCAUGAAGAUUCUGUAUGUAGUAUAAAACAAGGGUCUCCGCUUGCUAAGUUGAUUUGCAAAGCAAAGCUUAUUAUAUGGGAUGAGGCUCCGAUGCUAAACAAGAUUUGUUAUGAAGCACUCGACAAGUCUUUCAAAGACAUACUUAGAUCUUCAUCAUCAUACAAUGAAGACUUACCCUUUGGUGGUAAGAUAGUCGUACUUGGAGGUGACUUUAGACAGAUUCUACCUGUCAUACCUAUGGGAUCUAGACAAGAUAUUGUACAAGCUACAAUUAACUCAUCUUAUCUGUGGUCAUCAUGCAAAGUAAUUACUCUUUCUCAGAAUAUGCGUCUUACAGUUGGUGUGCCUGAAUCUGAUUCUAUUGAAAUAAAACAAUUUGCUCAAUGGCUUCUUAGAAUUGGUGAUGGUCUUGAAGGAGAUUCAAUUGAUGGUGAAUCUGAGGUCAAUAUUCUAGAAAAAAUUCUAAUUAAGGACAAUGCUGAUGGCUUUGACAAUAUCAUUAGAUUUGUAUAUCCUGAUAUACUUACUAAUUUGAAACAGUCAACUUUUUUCAAGAAGAGAACCAUUCUUGCUCCUACACUAGAUGUUGUGCACGAGGUAAAUAAUCAUAUAAUGAAGCAUAUUGAAGCAGACGAGAAGGUUUAUCUGAGUUCUGACUCCAUGUGCGUUGAAGAAGGUAGCAUGGAGUCAGAGCUUGAUACAUUUACUCCUGACGUACUAAAUGCAAUUAACUGCUCAUGUUUACCACCUCAUGAACUUAUAUUAAAAGUAGGUGCUCCUGUUAUGUUACUAAGAAAUAUUGACCAAUUUAAUGGACUUUGCAAUGGUACAAGAUUACAGGGUGGUAGGAUUCAAGCUUCCAUUCCAAAAUCCUUGGUGAAGAAGUGGAGGGAAGUGAUUAUUGAGUUCCAAAUGUACACCAUGAGCAACUUUAUUGUAAUUAAGAAAACCAAUACUAUGAAGAGAGUCACACCGGGGACAUGGGUCCUUACUUUCUCACAUAGGACUAGGGUUGAUCAUGUUGUGAAUCCAAGUUUUUCACUUCAACCUUUUCGCUUUAAGACAAUUCCACAGCUCAUCAAUGCUGGAAGCUCGGUUGACAAUGAUCUUUUUGAUGACCAACUAGCAGAUGUUGUGGGGUUCCGAAACAGCAACAAUAUAGUAAUAGAUUUUGAAAUAUCUUUCAAGUUGCUAGGUGGUGCACCACCAACUUCAGUUAGAAUAAAUCAGGUUACAUCCCAUACCGCCUGGAAAUGUGGCCACACCCUUGAAACUGCAACAAUCAGGUUCAAGGUGAAAGUAAUGGUAUAUGAUGGGACUAGGAGUAUGACGUUGCUGUUGUGGGAUAGAGAAACAACCCAACUUUGUGGGAAGGCAGCUGACAAGAUUAUGGAAGAGGAGGAAUCUGGAGGGGAUGAGUAUCCAGCAACCCUUGAUGCUAUGAUGGAUAAAAACCUACUAUUCAAGAUUAAUGUCAAAACUGCCAAUAUAAAACAGUAUGACCAAGUAUAUACUAUGAUGAAAAUCUGUGACAAUGACGACUUGAUUGAAAUAGUACAAUCCAAGGGAGUCCAAAGCAUUUCGAGUUUGAAUAUUACUGAAAAUAGGUGUAGUAACUCAAUUGAUACUUCAGCAAAUAUGGUCAACCUUAACACUGAUACUGAUCGUUAG